GACACACUAUAGACACCUUUUGGCCAGUUGGCUUUUGUGUGUUGGAACAUAAAUAGUAUGAUUUUUUGGGGAUUUAUACAUCUAAAAACCUUCAUUUAGUGCACACCAAUAGACUGAAAGACUGUGGGUGGCGGGGGUGGCGCGUAUUAUUGGAUUUAAAUGAAAUAAGCACGCUAAAUGCACGUUAACGAGAUAACAGUUAGCCUGAUCUGUGAAGCUCGUCUUUUCUGAAGGAUAACUCCGGUUUGGAUUAGAGAGCGGCCGAGAGGAGGAGGUCCGGUGAAGCGAUGAGAAGCUCCAGAGAUGGCGAGGGAAAGAGCAGCUUUCUUUAGCCAGUUUGAGCAGGAGAUAAUCCUGAAGACCUUUGAGGAGUACAAGAACAUCAUAACUGCUAAAUGCAACACAGCAGCAGCUUCCAGGUCCAGGGUGGAAGCAUGGCAGAAGAUAGCAGAGAGGUUAAACGCAUCCAACCCCAAUAACGUGAAAAGAACCUGGCAGCAGGUCAAAGUCAAGUAUAAGAACAUCGUACAAUGUGCGAACAGGAAAAGAGCGCAGAAGCAGAUGCUUGGAGGGGGAGUAUCUGCGUCCGGAUUCACCCCCGCGGAGGAGCUGGCACUGUGGCAGAUCAGAGGAAGACCCAUGAUGGAUGGCAUUGCCUGGGCCGGGCCUUCGGAACAGACUGGAUCAUGUGUUCGGAGCCCCAGUUCCACAGAGGCAGAAAGUUCAGGUCCGCUUUUACAGCAUGGGCCCACCAUUAUUGACAGCGCAGAAGAACCUAUCGAUCAUUCUGAUUCAGACCACGAUGAGAAGAACAUAGUAGUGUGUUCUCAUUCUGACCAGGUGAAUGAUACAUUCAUCAGCCCUGAAGAACCCGGUCCUUCUGGCCCAUUUCGACAUACUGAUGAAGAGAGUGACGAGGACGUGACCUCGCUCUACAAACGCUACCUCAAACAGGAGAUCGCUUACCGACAGCUGAAGAUGAAGAAGCUGGAGAAGGAGAUCCAGUUGCUUGAUAAAAAGCUGGAUGUGAGUUAGAGCUCGUCAGGAUGUCAGUAGCCCUAUCUGGACGGGAAUAAAAAAUAUAUUAUUUUUUU